CAGAGGGGAGGAGCUGAGGGGAAGGAAAGGACUUACUUCAGUCCACAUCUCACAGAACUUUCCACUGUGCCUCAAGCUGGUCAGAGAAGAAGUUUUACCUGUGCACCCCUUCUCUGAGGAUGGGCAGUUCUCAUGCUACAAAGUCCUGUGUGCUCAUCCUUCUUGUGGCCCUACUGUGUGCAGAAAGAGCUCAGGGGCUGGAGUGCUACCAAUGCAUGGGGGUCCCACUUGGGACUUCCUGCCCAUCAGUUACCUGCUCCUACACUGAUGGAUUCUGCAUUUAUCAGGAGGCAGAAGUUACUGAAGGCUCUCAAAGACUAAAAGUAAAGAACAGUUAUUGCCUUCCUUCCUGCCCUGAUAAAUCUGAAAAUAUGCCAAGCCUGCUUCCUUCUGUCAAGGUGAAGACUUCCUGCUGUAAGAAAGACCUCUGCAAUGCGGCAGUUCCCACUGGAGGCAGCACCUGGACCAUGGCAGGGGUGCUUCUGUUCAGCCUGGGCUCAGUCCUCCUGCAGACCUUGCUGUGAUGGUUCUUCCAAUGACCCCCCACCCUUGUCCUUUGAUCCUCCUGUGUAACCACUGCUUCCUGGAGCCCUCUAGUGAUGAAUUAUGAGUUAAAGAAGCUCUGAGGUGGGGGUAGGUAGUGGAACACCUUGUUUCUACUUUAUAUCCCUGCUGGGUGGGUGCCCCACCCUUCUCUAGGGCUUUCAGAUCUGUGCUUCCUGGAAUACGAUUUUGUUUUGGCUUGCUAACCUUGUCCAUUUAGGCAUGUGGUCAGCACAGGGAAGAGGUAGAAUUCCAAGGUUGUAUGCCAUCACUAUCUACACAUAAGCAUAUGGGGUCCUGCAGAGUUCCCAUGUGUGCAACUCAAAGUCCCCCUGUUGAAUCUAAUAAAUCCUUUGUUCUCCCA